UAAAUAUAUCUUGUAUCCAUAAAUUUAUAUACAUAAGAUAUAAUAUCCUGGUUAAUAACAAGAAUGAUUCCUUUGUAGGUUCAAUAAGUGAUGGUGGCGUAUGGAGUCAGACAAACUUGGCUGCUGAUUUAGAAAGCAAUGCAGCAGAUUUACCAGAACCUACGCCUUUGCCACAAAGAGAUAUUCCAUUUCCUUAUAUGUUAUAGUGGCUGACGAGGCGUUCCCUUUAAAGCCAUAUUUAAUGCGUCCAUUCCCAAAGGGGAGAGUGAAGAGGAUGACAGAUGAGAAACAAAUAUUUAACUACCGGUUAAGUCGAGCACGUUUGUGUAUAGAGAACACUUUUGGCAUACUUGCCUCUCGUUGGAGGAUCCUACAUAGAAAGCUGAGUUGCUCAGUACAGAAUGCAGAACGUAAAGCACUUAUUUGUUUACAUAAUUUUGCCAUGAGUACUAAUAAUAAUGGCCGAUAUUCUCAGCCUGAACAUCUUUAUGUGGAUAACGAUAAAGGAAGAAGUUUUGAAGAUCGUUGGCAUAAUAUAGGAGCUGAAGAAUACUUUAAAGAAUUAUCAAGAGUAGGACCUAAUAGAGCUGGAGCUCUUUCUUUGGGCUUACGCAAUUAUCUAAAAGAAUGCUUUCUGUCACCUACUGGCAGUGCUCAAGCACCCUGGCAAUUUGAAAGAGCAUUUAAGGAAUCCUACAUCAACCCACUUGCUUAAUGGCUGGGUUUUGCCGAACCUCUGCUUAGCUAAGCGCACGUAAGCAGCGAGCGCUUGCUGCAAUAUGGUGCUGAGGAUCUGCUUGAGCAGCACCGACGACGAAGCCGUCGAGGAAACCGAGAACGUCGUCACCCAACCGAAGACGAUCAAGAGGAUCGUCCUGGACCGCCGGCAGGAUCCCGUCGACGUUAACGCGCAAUUCAUAGCGGCCGAGAGCAAACAUUAUUUCCUGAUUGAGGAACCGUACGGCCACCGUGUCUCCACACGUCGAUGUCGAGGUCGUGAAACCAGAAUCGGUGCGCUUCCACGACGAGGAAGAGAAUCAGGCGUUCGUCGAGCAGCCGGAAGCAUGAUAGAGGUGAUGUUUGAGAAGUACGGUUUCGCUGGUGCUCGGGGGGCGGUAGAGCCGUACCCGGAUUUGCGAUAAAGCGAAGCUCGAAGGACCAGGGGGUGUAAGUCUCCCCCAAAGCGAGUUAUUUUAAGCAAAUGCGACUCACCGUUCGUUGUGCCGUCGACUCCUGGAUGCUUCGGCUUGGUCGCGAUCGGGCUCGUGCAACAGCGCAAGCAGGGCAGCAAGCAGGGCGAAAGCGAGGCAGGCAGCAGUAAGUUAAGGCAGGCAGCAAGCAAGCAGGAGGAAGCAGGUAAAGGCAGCACACAAACAGGCCGAGAAAGUAGGCGAUCGCACUAUCCGGGAGCGAACGGAUGAUCUCGCGACUCCGGAUAUUAGCGCAAGUCUCCCUGCUCCGAUAAUCUCUCUGUGCUCCGAGACGUCGUAACGAUGAGUGCCGAGAGCUCGCGGCGCUGGAACAGUGUCGCGAGCGAGUACUUGUUCUUCA